UAAUCUUUAUGUUUUUACUUUAUAAUUCAAAGAUAUUUAUACCUUUUGUGAUCAGAUAACUGUUGUCAUGGCUUUAAAAUUUGCCAGUAAUCUGUCUUUUAUGUUUACUGAGGUUCCUAGUAUUAUUGACAGAUAUCAACUGGCCAAGCAAGCUGGAUUUAAAGCAGUUGAAAGUGGAUUUCCAUUUGGCUUCUCUGUUCAGCAAGUUGCCACAGCUAAAAAGAAGGCUAAUGUUGAUCAAGUACUUUUGAAUGUAUUCACAGGUGAUGUUACAAAAGGAGAAGUGGGCUUUGCUGCCAUUCCAGGUGAAGAAGAAAAUUUCAAAAAAAGUAUCGAGAAAACAAUAGAAUAUGCAAAUGCUUUGAACUGUAAGAUGAUUCAUGUAAUGUCAGGAAAAGUGGAAGCUGCUACUGCUGCUAAUGAUAUAGUUUAUGAAAAAAAUCUAUUGUAUGCUAUCGAAAAGUGUCAAAAAGAAGACAUUGUUGUUGUCAUUGAACCAAUUAAUAAUUAUAGUGUACCAAAUUAUUACAUGAAUAAUUUUCAAAAAGGUUUAAAUUUAGUGAAAAAAAUAAACAAUGCAUAUUUCAAGCUGUUGAUGGAUAUCUUUCAUUUACAACAUUGUUGUGGCAAUAUUACAAAAUGCAUUCAAGAUUUUUUACCUUACAUAGGUCACAUUCAAGUAGCUCAAGUUCCUCAUAGGCAUGAACCAGAUACUCCAGGAGAGAUUGAUUAUAAAUAUGUCUUGUCUUUAUUAGAAACAACUGGUUACACUGGCUAUGUUGGUCUGGAAUAUCGGCCGAAAUCAUUAACAGUGGAAGGGUUAAAUUGGAUUAAAAGAUAUGGUUAUACUUUGUAA